UUUAUCUGUCAGUGCUGUUUACCUAAUCCACAGAGAGCGUUUAUCUAAUCAGCGGAGUCGCGAGGGUACUCUUUGACCUGCAUUUUGCUCUAAUUGUUUUAUUCAGUCUUAUCAAUUGUUUUGUUUGAGAACGGUAGAAGAUAUUGAAUUAACGUUUUACAACAGAAACUGACCAAACCAUGGAUGAGUGUACGCUGAAUGAUUUACUGGAGUGCUCCAUAUGCUUGGAUCGCCUGGACACUUCCAGUAAAGUCUUGCCAUGUCAACAUACUUUUUGUAAAAAAUGUCUUGAAGAAAUCGUAACUGCUCAGAGAGAAUUGAGGUGUCCAGAAUGUAGAGUUCUUGUCAAUGUUAAGGUGGAAGAUCUACCACCCAAUGUUCUCUUGAUGAGAAUUCUGGAGGGCAUGAGAAAUGCCAUUCCCAAAGUCAACAAAACUUUACACAGAAGUAACAAUGUACCACAGAGAUUACAGGGUGGACAUCAAGUUUCUCCAACAAGCCCUACAGUCACGCCAAACACACCGCUUGUCAUUGUAUCAUCCGAGUCUACUACACCACAAGCUGCUAAACAAAUCAAUCAUCAUAACAGGCCCUAUGGUCGAGCCAUAUAUGAUUAUGUCUCCAAAGUAGCAGGAGAUUUAAGUUUCAAAAAAGGUGACAUUGUCAUCUUAAGGAAAAAGAUUGAUAAUAAUUGGUACUUUGGUGAAUGUGGCCCAAACCAUGGCGUUUUUCCUCUUUCAUACGUUCAAGUAAUGACUCCCUUACCUCCACAUGUUCCUCAAUGUAAAGCUCUCUAUGAUUUUCGAAUGAAUAAUGACGAAGAAGAUGGCUGUCUUACUUUUAAUAAGGGAGAAAUUAUUAGCGUAAUAAGAAGAGUUGAUGAAAAUUGGGCAGAAGGAAAAUUGUUGGAUCGGAUAGGAAUAUUUCCAUUGGCAUUUGUAGAAAUGAACAGUGUUGCCAGAGCUUUGAUGAAGCUAUCUACAAAUGUUCAACCUGGGCCAUCUAGGGUAGCUCCACCCACUCCAACCAAUGAGGAAACGACUCCUUUGAUACCUACCGACCAUUCGCGUACAGUUCAAGCAUCGGUCCAGCCGAGACAAAUUGUUGCUUCGGCGCCAGCUUUGCCAAUAUCGGAAUUGGGCUCGAACGUAUCCUCGGGCGACAGCUCGACGACGACUUCCUCACCGAUCAUGACUAGUACGAGUUCGAGCAAUUCCAGCACGACGCCGUCGAGCCCCUGCAGUCCGGCUGUAUCGCCACCUACGGUGGCCAAUCGACACAGUACGAAGCGUCACAGUUUCACGGGAAUUAAUAAUUCGCAUCAAGUCAAUCCCCAGCACCGUCAUAGCGCGGAAAUUCUCAGUAUGCCGGACGAUGAAGCUGCUGCCGCUGGAAAUAAUUCGGCCUCGGCUGUCACGGAAAAUUCUGGUUACGAGCAAAUUGAACCACCGGCACCGCGUCAUAAGCGUAGCGGAAGUAGCGAUCUUGUACUUUCAUCGUCGACAUCGAUGACGAGUAGCGCUCCAGCAGCUAUUGCCGCUGGCUUAAAUUUACCUGCACCUUACAUCGCCAUUUAUCCCUAUAAACCUCAAAAAGCCGACGAGCUUGAGUUGCGCAAAGGUGGUAUUUACGUGGUUACCGAACGUUGUCAAGACGGCUGGUUCAAAGGUACUUCGAAUCGUACUCAAAAAUGCGGAGUCUUUCCCGGUAACUACGUUGCACCCGCAAAGUGUCAACGUUUGGUAUGUCGAUUACCAGGUGGAGCAGCAGCAGCAGCAGCGAGUGGAGGAGCUUCGCCAUCUAGUACCGGUGCCGAGAGUAAAAAGUACCCAAAAGCUCAAGCACCUGUGAAAUCGCCGCCUCCGGAAUUGCCGCCGCGAGCUCUCAGUCCAGCUCCGGUGCCGUGGCCUCCUCGUCAACUGAAGUCACUGAACCCACUUAAAUCAAUGGAACAGAGCCCACAAGCGGUUGCGUCUGCUCCUUCGCCGUCCGUAGCUGCUAUUGCCAGAAGCGUUAUGCCAACGAUGUUUACUUCUCCAGGUAAAUCAGUAAAUAGUACUGCCAGUGGAGCAACAACUACUACAACGACUCCAGCGCGUGACUCCGGCAAAAGUCCCAAAAAUGUGGCCCAAUCGCCUUCAGCUUCGGCAGCGACGUCCGCUGUGGCAUCCACAUCAGCACCACCAGUAACGCCAAAAUCAACCGAAAAAGUCAAAGAGAAAAAAGAAAAAGGAGUUUCGCUGAUGCGUCGAUUGACGAAUAUAAAAAAGUCGAAGUCUCCGCCGCCGUCAACGUAUUCAAUGGAUAACCCGGUUUUCGACGACGGCAAUACAGGCCAAUCGUCUUCGUCAAUCAACCCAAUUCACAUUCGCUCAGGUUCGUGUCCGAGCCAAUUGCUGGAAGCAGGCGCUAUAACGCAAGAUUUGAAUACAUCCGCCGGCGCUGGUCAUCAUCGCUCGUAUACGGGUCACGCUCACGGCACGACUUCGCAACGACUUAAACACAAGGAAAGGCCCUCUCUGCCUGCUAAUUUUCUGCAAAGAUCAGGCGAACCGGCUGGCCUUGGUGCGACGAUGAGCAGCCAUCACCGUAAAAGUCAUUCAUUGGACGCAGGAUCUUCUGCCAGAAGACCAGCGUUAAGAGAAUUCGGACGAGAGCGAAUCGAGCGAGUUCAUCGAUUUCGUUGCAUCGUACCGUAUCCCCCAAACAGCGAGUUUGAGCUGGAACUGCAGAUUGGCGACAUAAUCUACGUACACAAGAGACGCGACGACGGCUGGUACAAAGGUACUCAGCAGCGAACUGGACGCACCGGACUCUUUCCUGCGAGCUUUGUCGAAGCUUUCUGAGACAGACCUGUGCUCCUCGAAACUUGUAUAUAAAAAAACUCUUCUCGUUAGGGGAAUACCGUAGUCUAACCGAAUUACUAACGUACAUCUGAUACGUUUAUGAUUAGGUUACGUAAAUUUCUUUGUAGGAGAAAUCACGAGCGAUAAUAUUGCAAGCCUUGAGGUAUUGUUCUACCUGAAUUAUUCGAAUGAACUUUGGGUGGAAAGAUAGUAAACCUUAUGUAGAUUUUUUAACUUUAUUAAAAAUUACUGAAACCGAUAUACGAGCCGUAUCAUCGUAUUUUUAGCAAUCACGAAACGAUUUUGAUCAUUGAUCACGAUAAUAAAUCAUCGGUGUUUUAAGCCCUGUAUAGUUUUGUAAACCAAUUUUAAUGAUAAAAUUGCUUGCAACGGAGAAGAAUUUUUUAGAAUAACUGAUAGAGUGCACAGUUGGAUAAAAUGUUGAACGAGAGUAUUAAAGAUUUUGGCAUCGCUAUAUUUAAAGCCGCUUUGGAAGUGAUAUUUUCUUCGCAUACUUUUCUAUGAUAGAAUUUUGUAUUGAAUGUGACGCGAUUUGAUCUCUUUUAUAAGAAUUUGAAAAAUUCAAUUGAUGAUAAUAGUAAAGCUUUUUACUAAAAACUCUUAGCAUUGAUUCUUCUAAAGAAUCAUAUUUUUGCUAAAAUUUAUUUCUUAAAUUUUUUUAUGAAAGAAGAUUGCCAUUUGUAAAUUAGAAUUUGCAUUGAAUAAAAAAAUGAGUCCUAAUACUUAUUUACGUAUUCAGUGAAUAAUAUACGUAAUUAGACCGACCAUGACGUUAGAUCAAAGUACUUGAUUCAUAGUACAAUAGAUUAAUUAGAGAUGAAAGUUGAAAAAAUUAUUAUUUUGAUUUUUGUAUAAUCAUACAUAUCAAUAUUACUUUUGUAAUAUUAGAAUCGAAUUAGAAUUGAUUUACGAUUUAUUCAUUAACGUUGUUAAAAGAGUAAAUUAUAUUGAUUUUCAAAGUGAAAACGAAUGAAAAAGUAUCGGUGAUGCCCAAAUCUUAACUACUUUACUCAGUAUGUUCGCCAUUGCGAUUGCCAAAGUGAGUUUUAAUUAGAUAAAAUAGGCAUACUGUUGUAUGAAAGUUAUGCGAUGUAGCACGUAAAAUACAUUAUAAAUGUAACUAAGUUUAAGAGUACUGACAAAAAUACAGUGCAAUGUGAUAUACGCACAGACCAUGAAUAUUUACAAAUUAUAAAGCUUGAAAGUAUUAUCGAGCGACUAUUGAAUUGAAUAAGUAUUUAAAUGCCAUAAUUGUAAAUGCACAGUUUUAAAAAUCGACAUGCAUAAUGAUUUUAUGCGAAAACAAUUAUUAAGUUCCGUGCAAUUUUCAUACUGCCAUUAUUUGAAUUAAAUUUAUUUUACAAAAGAUUUGUUUUUUGAUUUUUUUUUACAAAAAGAAACCGCAUUGAAAUAUAAAAACAUGGAUUGUACAAUUACAGUAAUUGCAUGCUUUUAUGCAAAUAACGAAUUGUUUCACCAAAACUUUUUAUUGGUGAAAUUUUGACUAUAUUGCCGUGCGAUAAUCUAUAAGAUUACUUUGAUAGUUCUUUAACGCUUUUGAAGCGUAGAAAUUAAUGAAAGUUGACAAUUCAUUGCUAUGCUCUUUCUUUCUACGAAUUAACAUUCAUUGCAUAUACAAUACGAGUGAAUUACUCGCAUUCAAGUGUUGUUUACCAAUUGUAAAGAUAACAUUUAUGAUUGGACUUCCAGUGUUCAUUUUCAGUAUUUUACCAAGUCUUGUGUCGCACAGUUUUUUUUUGUAGAUAUAAUAGUCUUGUGACAUAUUCAAGUAAUAAUCACAGUAUCUUUCUCUUGCACUAUGAAAUAACGUAUUAAUGUAUUAGCGCAUAUGAAAUCUGUAUAUUAACUGGAUAAAGACAAUUUAUCGAGUAUUAUUUAUAAAUUACUUUUGAUCUAUGGAACGAUAAUUAAAGUAGAUAAAUUAUUACGAUUGAUUGUUAUCCAACAAAGUGUUAUUAAUAAUUUGUUGAGUGAAAUUUUCUUUUUAAUAAUUAUCGAAUCUGUUGUAAAAAAUUGCAUCGCUCUGCCAUGAAAGAAAUCGUAAAGUAUUGUUUUAUCUAUUUGACAUAUUACUAAAAGAGUUUAAUUUAUGAUAAUAAGAUUUACAUUGCAAAACUUCUCACCCAAUAGAAUGUAAUGUAGUACAGUCACAUAAUAUUUGUGCGCUUUAAAAUAUUAUUAAAAAAUGUGAUGUUCAUGAUUCAUAGCAUAUGAAUAGUAGUCAAAAUUUCAGCUUUGUAGUUGUUCAACAGUUGUAAAAUAAUAUACAAGUAUUUAUCAGCAUUAUUUUUACUUUAUUUGUCGAAUUAUCAUUAGAUGAUAUUUUUUUAAUUUCAUUUGUUUUAUUUAUAAAAUGUAAGUAAACAUCCAGUGUAUACGUUUUGCGUACGCAUUGGUUAGCGCCAUUUAAUUAAUUUCAAGACUUUUUGCUUCUCAAAGUAAAUGGCAACAUAUUAUAAUCAGUGCCACAAAAUCAAUAGUUUCAUUUGAAGACAAUUACUUGUUUUUUUUUUUAUCAAAACAGCAAUUUAUUUAUAUCGAAUAAUUA